GUCCUCCUCCCGCUGCUAUUUCUCUAAUCGCAUGCACAUCACGUUCUCGUGUGGAGGAGGGCGUGCUGCCUCGCUCGCACUUGUUGCCAUUGCGGAUCGCCAGUAGCUAGGCGGAGGCAGCAGCUGAGGAUUAAGCAGCCAGGUUGCUUAAUUAUUCUGCCCGCUUCAGAAUUGCCGCCCGUGAUGAGUCGUCCGUCAUCCGUGACCUUCGAUAAAAGCAGGAGACUUUCUUCGUCUUAGCAUUAUCCGCCGAGAAAUAGAGGUUAGAGCGAGAGCGGGAGACAGUUGGAGGCCGGCCAUCCAUUGCUGGAUCCAUCUGUUGUCCAAGGCUGCUGAUUAAUUCUGCGACGAGGGUGCAACUUGCUUUCCUUGGUGGCAGCAGAUCCAGCUCCAGGUGCGUACGUGCGUAGCGCCGUAGCCUCGCUACUAGCCACUAGCCAGCGCGCGCUAAGCAGCCGGGCAUCCAUGGGUUCUUGCGUGUCGGUGUCGUCGACGAGGCACCGGCGGCGGCGGUCGAGGAAGCUGUCGGUCGCGGCGAGGAAGUUCCGGCGGAAGCUGUCCACGGCGAUCGCCGCCGACGCGCCGAUCGUCCGCGGCGCCGGCAGCGCGGCGACCUGCCUCGCCCGGCACGGGGUCGUCCACGUGGAGGCGCCGGACUCCAACGUCACCCUGCGCCUCACCAAGCUGCAGUGGCAGCACAGCCAGAUGGACGCCGGGAGCGUGGUUUGCGAAGAAGCGUGGUACGAUUCUGUCAGCAUCCUGGAGUCGCCGGACUCCGACGACGAUCUCGACAACGAUUUCGCUAGCGUCAGCGGAGACCCUCUCCCUGAUGUCACCGGCGGCUCGGACGCACCGCAGUGCAAGGAGGCAGCGUGCUUCUUGGACACCAUGCAGCUCCUCAGGAGCAUCGCAAACGCAGAAGCAUACGACCAAAGUGAACAACCUGCUGACAAGAGUGACGACGACGACUCGAACGUCGCUGCCACUGCAACUAAUAAUAGCGGUAGCUGCAAUAAUGACGAGGGCUGCUGCAGUAGUACACUGAAGGAGCUUCAGGCUGCAAUGUCGCCGCGGCCGUUCCCGGCGUCGGUUCCGAGCAACAAGGUCCAGCCGAUGCCGGUCGUUGGUGUCAGCCCGGUCCCGCCCCCGCACCAGCAGCAGCAGCAGCAGAAGAAGAAAACGGCCGUGGUCAGGCUCUCGUUCAGGCGAAGGUCAUAUGAGGGCGACGAGAUGACCGAAAUGAGUGGUUCUGCGAAUUAUCUGUACCGCCCAAGGGCAGGUUUCACGGUGCCGUGUUCGACCGGCGAGAAACUGCCACAAGGUUGCUGGUCGGUUCUUGAGCCAUCGACGUUCAGAGUCCGAGGGGAGAGCUUCUUCAAAGACAAGAGGAAGUACCCAGCUCCAGGCUGCUCCCCUUACACCCCCAUCGGAGUGGACAUGUUCGCCUACACGAGGAAGAUUCACCACAUUGCGCAGCACCUCUCGCUUCCGUCUCUGAAGACACACGAGACAUUUCCUACCCUGCUCAUCGUCAACAUUCAGUUGCCCACCUACCCUGCUACAGUGUUUGGCGAUAACGACGGCGAUGGGAUAAGCCUAGUUCUGUAUUUCAAGUUAUCUGACAGUUUUGACAAGGAGAUUUCUCCUCAGUUGCAGGACAGCAUAAAGAGGCUCAUGAACGAGGAAACGGAAAAGGUGAAGGGGUUCCCAGUAGACAGCAUUGUGCCCUACACCGAGAGGCUGAAAAUCCUGGCUGGUUUGGCGAACCCUGAGGACCUGCAACUGAGCACCGCAGAGAGGAAGCUUGUGCAGACCUACAAUAUGAAGCCUGUGCUAUCUCGCCCACAACACAAAUUCUACAAGGGUUCAAACUACUUUGAGAUCGAUCUGGAUGUCCAUCGGUUCAGCUUCAUAUCACGGAAAGGGCUCGAGACCUUCCAGGAGCGGCUCAAGCAUGGCGUUCUUGAUCUUGGUCUAACUAUCCAGGCACAGAAGGCUGAGGAGUUGCCAGAGCAUGUCCUGUGCUGCAUGAGGCUGAACAAGAUCGACUUCGCCAACAACGGGCAGAUACCGACGCUGAUAACUGCAGCUGAUGAGUAAAUCUGUCCUGUUACUGUAAGGCGCUAACUUUCUGGAAAAGCAAAAGAGACUGUUGCUUUUCGAGAUGCUGUUGUAUAGAUCGGCAGAUAGUUGUAGGGACUAACUCAAGUUUGUGAGCUAAGAAACACCUAAUCACUGAGGAGGGAAAAGAAGAUAUUGCAGCAAUCUGCAUUCUGAACUCUGAAGACGAUGUGUAUACAUGUCUGUGUUUUCUUUUUCUUUUUUUGAAACGAAAUACAUGUCUGUAUUUCCAGUUCAGGCUUA